UUCUGCUCGAUUGUAGACCGAUCAGUACUCAUCUGACUCGCCCAAAUCUGUUACAUUAGAGGCAUCAUGACACGGUUUCGUAGUGUUUUCAGUUUAAUUCUUCCUAUCUUAACCAUUCUAUUUCAAAUUUCACUUUCAUGCGCUGAUAAUGCGGUACCUGUAGUAAUGUGGGGUGAUCAACUCAAAUUGGAUUCCGAAACAAAAUCUGUAAAUCCUUUUUUAAAGACUACUCGCAAAGAAUUUGAGUCUUUUCUCCGUAAAAAGUUAGAAAGUUUACCUCCUGUUCUCGUUUGCGUGAAAGAUAAUCUGUGUAUCGAGGAUUUAGUAAAGCACAAACAGCACCUUCAUUCGAUCACGACUGAUGAUUCGAUGUAUUAUUUCCCUGCAGUUGAAACAGCAGUAAAUGUUAUUGAAGAUCUACCUUCUUAUAACACAACUUAUGCAGAUUAUACAGAUUCGUUAUCCGAAGGGCAAUUGUCAAUUAUGGCAAUCAGCAAUUUAGAUAUUAUCCCAGAGUCGUAUAAGACAAUAAAAGAGUCCAGCCCUAAUGCAAUAGUUAUUCUCACAGGAAGAUCGUGUAAUUACAGACAUUCUGAACGUAUGAAAAGAAAUGCCCCCGAGGACAAUAAUUCUACUUUUACUGUUCAGACAGACAGAGUAAUGUUGUAUUCUAGUCAACGUUUAGCACUGAAGAUUCCAGAAGAAACGGAUGUCAUAUUGCUUCCACUAAGGAGUACACCCACAGAGGAAGAACAUGCAAAAGAAUUGAUAUUAAACUUGCAGUUUAAUGAAAAAGAUUCUCCUAUAUUUAAGCAUAAGCUUUCCUUCAAAUUUGAAAAUAAGUCUACAGGAUACUAUACCCUAAAAACUGUUAAUUAUGAAUAUUUCAUUGAGAAAACCACCAAUAACCAGAACUUAACAACAAACACAGAUAUUGUUUUUCCUAAUAAGUUUUCUUAUCAUUGUUCGAAAAAUAUUACUUUCCAAAUGAAUGGUACCUACGUCUUGAGUAUUGCAGAUUUACAAGUACAAGUGUUCUCAAACAAAGAUCCCAAAAGAAAACCAGUAUUUAGCUAUGCGUAUGAUUGUGUUGGUUUCACUACAAUUCCAAUUUGGACAGGAAUAUUUGUUACUGCUAUAUUAGCUUCGAUUCUGAUGUGGGGUCUUGCUAUGAUUAUAGACAUUCGUACUAUGGAUAGAUUUGAUGAUCCUAAAGGAAAAACAAUCACUGUUUCAGCUCUGGAAUAACACAAUAACGUGAAACUAGUAAAACAAACGUUCUUAUGUAAAUACUAUAUGUCAUAAGUAGUAAUGACCCAAUAAAUUACUAGAUUGUCAGGUCCAUACUGAUGUUUCAUACACGUAUAUAAUAAUCAGUGAGAGCCAUUGAUAACUUGUUCUCAAAAUAUAGAUUUUUUUUUAAGUCCA